AUGAGGUAUGAUGGAACGCAGGACCCCCUGGAGCAUCUAACGGCCUUCGAGGCCAGGAUGAACUUAGAAGGAGUAGGAGAUGAGUUCACAACCAGGAUCGCGAAAGCCAAGCACCCGAUCAAUUUGCUAGGGGUGACCCAGAGAGCCGGGGAGUCGACCAGGAAAUACUUGGAUCGUUUCAACGACGAGUGCCUGGAAAUUGACGGUUUUACGGACUCGGUGGCGAGUUUAUGUUUGACGAAUGGGCUCCUAAAUGAGGACUUCAGGAAGCACCUUACCACAAAGCCAGUCUGGACAAUGCAGGAGAUCCAGUGCGUGGCUAAGGAGUAUAUCAAUGACGAGGAGGUCAGCCGGGUCGUGGCUGCCAAUAAACGACAACCCCCCUACAACCAAACCAGGCACUACGAUGGUGGAGAAAGACAAAAGGAACGCACCAGGGACGGUGGCUUGAGCAAGACGACAAAACCAUUUCCCCGAGUCGGGAAAUUCACCAACUACACCCCCCCUCGCGGCACCAAUCACAGAGGUCUACCAACAGAUAGCCGAGAAAGGGAUACUAUCGAGGCCCGACCUCUGAAGGACAAGACGGGGGGAAACAAAAGCCUUUACUGCGAAUAUCACAAGGGGUAUGGGCAAAAGACCCAAGACUGCUUCGACCUAAAGGAUGCCCUGGAGCAAGCAAUCAGGGACAGAAAGCUUGCCGACUUCUCCCACCUCAUAAGGGAACCGAGGAGACGGAAUCGGGAUCACGAGGGUGAGGACAGGUCCCGGGCGACAAGACGACGUCAAGAACCAGAGGGAGACGACCACGGUCUCACGGUGGUGAAUGUAGUAACGGCAAGGAAUUCCGCCCCGAGGUCGAAAUCGGCGCAGAAGAAAGACGCCAAGGUCCUGGCGGUCUCCUCCUCAUCUGCUAGGGGUUCCCGGGGACACCCAUCUAUCUCUUUCGGCCCUGAGGACCAAUGGUUCGAUGAGGUACCGGAAAGUCCCCCCAUGGUUAUCACGGCCAGAGUCGGAACCGGACUCGUCAAACGGAUCCUAGUGGACACGGGGGCAGACUCGAACAUCAUGUUUCGCAACGUCUUCGACGCCUUGGGACUGCGUGAUGCCGACCUGGCGACCCACCAGCACGGUGUGGUAGGGUUGGGUGAUCACUUCAUCAAGCCAGAUGGGAUCAUCUCACUACCGACCUCCCUUGGACAAGGACAGAGGCGAAGAACGGUAAUGGCCGAUUUUGUUGUCUUACGAGAUUCCACUGCUUAUAAUAUCAUCCUGGGGAGAAAAACAAUCAAUGACCUCGGGGCAGCGAUUAGCAUGAAACUGCUUGUAAUGAAGUUUGUUACCGAUGACGGAUCCGUAGGGUCUAUCAGAGGAGACUUGGAAACGGCAGUCGCUUGCGACCACGCCAGUCUCUCUCUUAGGAAAAAAUCCAAAGAAGCAUCCGGGGUUUUCCUUGCCGACCUGGAUGCCAGGAUAGAUGACAAGCCCAGACCUGAGCCAGAAGGGGACUUGGAAAAAUUUAGGGUCGGCGAUGGGGACGAGAAGUUCACCCGAUAUGCCAGGGAUAGACCCCCAGCUCAUGUCACACCAUCUGACCGUCAAGCCGGAGGCCAAGCCAGUGGCUCAGAGGAGGAGAAAGAUGUCACAAGAAAAGGGCAGAGGAGGUGGCCAGGCAGACGGCCAGCCUCCUUGAAGCAGGUUUCAUCCGAGAGCUGGACUAUUCGACUUGGCUGUCAAACGUGGUUUUGGUGA